AUGUUGUCAUCUAGAUUCCAUAAGCUCUGCAGGCUUAAUUAUUCAUCUCAAGAUAUUCUUGCAAUUUUAUUGUUAUUAGUAUUAUAUAUUUUUCAGGGUAUCAUUAUUGGAAUUUCAUUGUCGAUCCCACCUCUUCUUCAAUCGAAUUACCGUGUGGGUGGCUAUAAUUUACAGGCGACAUUAUCAAUCUCAGCUUGGCCUUAUGCGUUGAAGCUUCUAUGGGCUCCACUAGUUGAUUCACUUUAUAUAAAGUUUAUUGGAAGAAGGAAAACUUGGCUCAUAAUAAUUCAGUAUGCAAUCGGAAUUGAACUGCUUGUACUAUCAGGUUGUAUCAACGACUGGUUUGGACGCGAUCCUAACAAAACAUGGAGUCAAUUAGGAUCACAUCAUCCAGUCAGCCUUAUACGUUUAACAAUAGCAUUUUUCAUACUCCCUGCUCUAAGAAGAAAAUUUCUAGAUUUAUGCUUGCACUUAACAACUGUGCUAUGCUGUCGUAUGACACCACUUCAAAAAGCAUCAAUUGUACAACUUGUACGGUCAGGUUUGUCAGACUUUGGUAUUCCACCGAUUACAGCUGCUAUAGGUGAUGGUGGCAAUGAUGUUGCCAUGUUAUUACAAGCUAAUAUUGGCAUAGGUAUAUAUGGUAAGGAAGGAAAAGAAGCUGUACGUGCUUCAGAUUAUGCUAUACCACAGUUUAGACAUUUACAACGUCUUCUGUUGGUGCAUGGACAUCGAACUAAUCAUCGAUUAUGUUUAACAAUGAAUUUAUUCUAUCAUAAAUGUGUUGCAUUUGUAACAACACAAGUUUUGUAUACAUUUUAUAGUGGUUUCUCAGCUGUUGCAACAUUUGAAACUGUUUUAUUUUCAAUAUACAAUUUAACUGUAACAUCGAUAAUGUGUAUGAUUUUUGGCUUGUUCGAACGUCAUUUACCUGAUAAUAUAUUAAUUGAAAAUCCAUAUCUUUAUCGAAAGCUUAAACAUCAAGCAAACUUGAGAUCAUGGUAUAUUUGGCUAUGGGUAUUAGAUGGAGUAUGGCAUGGUAUUAUCAUAUUUUAUGGUACUACUUAUAUUCUUACUGGUGGGAAUCAAUUCUCUGAAAGUACAUUUUAUGAUUCACAUGGAAAUAUACAACAACUAUUCGAUAUGAGUUUGUAUGGAUGUGCAACUUAUGUGUUGAUAUGGUUUUCAGUCUGUUUACGUACUUUCCUUGCAACACAUGAUUGUACUGUUAUAGUAUUAGGAGGAUUCUUAACUACUCUAAUCGUGAAUAUAGCAAUAUUAAUUGCAUUACAAUGUACUACAACACUUGACAACAUCAAUUUUCGUAGUUAUAUCAAAUUAUGCAGAAGUCCAACAUUCUGGUUAACUUUACCGAUCAUUAUAUGUGCAGCGAAUCUUCCAUCUUUAUUAUGGAGAAUUAUUUCAGAUGCAUGGUGGAAUUUACAAAUUCAUUUAGGUAGUAUACCACAGAAACAGAUUCGUCGAAAAUAUCGUAAAUCAUUAGCAGUUUGGUUUCUUGCACUUACAACUAAUUAUUUGACUAGUUCAUCUAAUGUAUUACGUCGAAAUGAAUUUUAA